AUGGCAAGCGAGGGCGGGGACCUCCCCCAGAAGGCGAAGAGCCCCCCCGAAGAGCAGCGGCGCUGGCGCCUCCGGAGGGGAAAAUGGCGGAGCCUCCUUGCCGGGCUCUGGUGGCGGCGGCGGUCCAAGUGCGUUAUGUGCUUGCAGAUCCACCGAAUAAGCGGCCUCCCGCCGACAAUGGACGGGCAAGCGCUGGCGGUGGGGUGGAGAACUAGCGGCUGGAGGGACGAGCUCACCACGCCCGUCCAUGUCCGGCGAGGGACCGCCCGCUUCGAGGAGAUCUUCCUCCAUUACCGGAGCACCGGCCGGCGCUCCACGCUGCGGAGCUUCACAGUCUGGGUUUCCCUGGUCGACGCAGGCGACGGCGAUCUAGGCACCUUCGAGGUCGACCUGGGCGGGGUCGUCUUCUCCGGCGACGGCGACGCUCUGUUGGGCGGGAAGACCGUGAUCCUGGGUCUCUCCGGCAUGGCCGAGGGAGGGGUUCUCAGCAUCAGCAUCUUCUAUCGGGUGGUCGAGGCCGGAGCCCAUGGCGGCGGGUGCUUGCCCUGUCUUUCCGAUUCGAGUAACUGCAGAGCGGCGGCGGCGGCCUCUUCCAUCCUCAUCGCCGCCGGCGACAUUGACCCGACCGAGGAGGAGGGCGAGAGCUCCACGACCACGGAGGAGGCGGUGGCUCGAGCGAGAUCCAGGAGGCCCCCCUCGAGCGCCUCCUUCGACAUCAGUGAAGAUCUGGAUGAUGAGGAGAUGGUGGAGGCCGAGUUCCUGAGGAUGCUGGAAGGCCAUGGCGGCGGGCUCGUGGACGAGGAGAGCCUGAACCUGAGCCUGAGCUUCGAUGGGGAGAAGGACUCGGAUUCCUUGCUCAAUGCGGCGGCGAGAGUCGGCCGCCGGCCAGCUGGGUCCGCGUUGGAGGAAGAAGAGUUCAAGCAGCUGUUGAAGAUGUGGAAAGUCGACGAUCUUCACUGCCCAACGACAUGUAGUCUAGCUUUCUCUGUAUGA